AUGAUGGAUUUUAUAAAAUUGUCUAAGAAACUACCAUUUAGAAUACGAAACCUCAAGUUAAAUUAUGUUCAAUCACGGUUUUCAAGCAUAUCAACCAAACUAAAAGAUUUCGAAUCAGAAACAAUGUACAAAGAUGCAGUUAAAAGAACUAAUCGACGAAUUCAUGAAUACGAAAAUUUGAUUGAACUAUCAAAUCAAUAUGAAAAACAUAGAACCAAUAUGAUUGAUAUAUUAAGUAAUAAAGAUAAUAUUAAUGCAAUAUUUGGAAACGAAAAAUUCAAUACAUAUUUGAAUUAUGAUGAAGUCUUUAAAAGUAAAGAGAAUGAAGGAUUGACAUUUAAUGAAGUAGAAACGCGAAAUACUAUGAUGUUGAUAAGCUCAUUAUUGCUUGAAAAUGUUUUACAAGAAAUAAAACUUAGGAAAGAUAAAAAUAAUGAUAUGAACUCAAGAGAUUUGAUUGAUGAGUUGAAACAUUCAGACGAAUUUGUAUCGCUUGAGCAAUAUAGAAAAUAUUUCAAUUAUUAUAAAUCCUCACAAUUUUUGAAUGAGAAUAGAACAGAUCGUACCAUAAAGAAGCCACAAGUAGUCACAUUCAAACUGAAUAAAUAUGACAACUCAGAACUAUUGAAUUCAUUAAACUCCAUUUUUAAGAAAUGUCAAUCCAGUAAAGACAAACUAGCUCAUAUAACAUUAGCCUUAAAAUUAGUACAAACAUUUUUAUCAUCACAUACCACUAUACCCACACUUCAAACAUUUGCAUUCUUACUAGAUAAAUUUGGCGACAUGAAUUUGUUAAAUUAUCAGAAAAUAAUAUAUUUAUCGUUAUUUCAAUACAAACAUCAGCCAACACUAUUAGCAACUCCAAAAUCUGAUUCUGGUAAUAGAUUUCCACAAUUGAUGCCUGAUCAUUUUUUACAUUUAAUUAUUGCAUACCCUAGAAUCUUGGAGUCAUUAUUAAAAUAUCAAGUUUUAAGACAGGAUAAAUUUAUGUUUAUUGAAUUAUUAUCAUUUUUAAAACUAGACAAAUUAGCUGGUGAAAUAAUGGUUAUAAAGUCUCCACUUUUAUCAAAAUCAAAAUAUAAAUUACCUAAUUAUAUUCCAACUUUCAACUUUGAUAAUAAACUAUUACUUACAGUUCCGAGAUCUACAAUAUAUGAAAUAAUGAAACUAACUAUCGAUUUAGAAAUAUACGAAUAUUUGGACUUAUUAUUCAAUAAGAUUGUGUUGCAUUCAAAAGACGAAUCAAAUAUAGAAUUGAACUAUAUUGAAGCUAGUUUAGUCGAAGGAAAAAUAUUUGAUACUGAAUUGUUUUUAAUCAUGUUGAACGCGGCUAUAAGCUCAAAUGAUCCAGGUAGAGUUAUGUGGAUAUUACCAUUUUUUGAUGAAUUUGUUAAGGACAACAAAUACAAGAUAGAUGAAGAAUUAAAGAGUAAAAUGUUAAAUGCCUUAAAAUUAUUUGGUCUUGAAGGUAAGUUAAAAACAUACGAAAAUUCAUUAGAAUAA